UGUCUCCAGAUUAUUGUAUAGGUUAUGUAAAAACAAAGUAAAAUGGGAAGUGCAAAAAAAUGCAUAAAGUAUAAAAUAAUGAUUAUAUAGUUAGCAUUGUAUGUACGUACCUCAUUGGUAAAUAAAUAGAUCCUUUUAAAAUGAUUCGUCAGUUCAUGAAAACAUUAGAACCUGUUCGAACUAAGUUGUUUCGCGUAGCAGGCGAGGGUGGCAGCGCAGGUGCCGGCGCUGCUGUCGGCAACAGUGCCUUCUCGCGUAACAGCGUCACAAAAGAGCAGCAACUGAGCACAGCGCUGCGUCGUUCACUGCCCGGCAUCACUUACGUCAGCGUGCAGGAUAUUUCUGGUGGUUGCGGUGCCAUGUUCGAGGUGAGUGUGGAGGCGAAGGAGUUCGCUGGACUGUCGCGCGUGAAGCAGCACCAGCUCGUGACCGACUCGCUCAAGAGUGAGAUCGCCGAGAUGCAUGGUAUCCGCAUCCACACCAUGGCCACACCCGCGGCCGACAAGUAGCCGCUGCCGCCGUACCCACGUCUACUUCCCAUCGUAUUCAUUUAUCGCUGUAGUUUUAUUCAGUUUGUACAAAUAAUUAAAUACCUGCUUAGAUAUUAUGAACAUUGAGCAAUAAAUUAUUUUGAGUAAAUAAAAAUACCAUUUUGUUUUCACAUUUAUUAGUUACAGUAGUCGGCUGGAAUGGUUGAUAUUAAAGCCGGGUACUUACUAGCGAGUUAUAAUCGUUGUUGCGUUGUAUGUUACGU